CGCACGAAACUACACCACAAUUAAACCCCAAUUAGAGCUCAAGUUUUUAAACUCUAAUAGGGUGCAGUAUAGGGCAAGUAUUUAGAUAUCGACCCGGGCCGGUCCGUCUAUCCUUACUUCCAUUGUUGAAAUCAUUAUCUAGCAACUAAACUUUGGUUUAAAAGGUUUGCUAAUUGAAGUAAAAGAAAACAAAGGUGAUUGGGUUUGAAAACUCUUUUGUGGGAAAGUCACUCGGGUUUCGGUUCCCCCUAACCGCUACCAUGCUAUGUGGAUUGGAACGAUUGUCUCUGGCACGUUAAUCGUGAACCGCAGAGGAAUGCAUAUGUGGUCGGAGACCACAGUCUCAAUUGCUAAACUGAGGUGAGGAUGAAAGUCGUGUCACUCGACCCUCUAGGUUUAGACAAUCGGUAAUUGACUUUCACUCCCCAUUCUCUUUUAAAUAAAGAUCGCCCUCGAGCCCUGGGCAGGUCGGCCGGGUCUUUCCCUGUUGUUCUGUUUCCGCCACGAGAAAGACGCACGGAAGAGAUAUGCCCAGCGCGCGGAGGAUCCGUUGAGACUUUCUGUUGUCUCGGUAGGGAAAACUCCCUCACUCAACUCUAAGGUCGGACGGUUUAACCACGAUUAAUCGUCUUGUUUAAUUCAAUAUUGAGGAUUUCCCUAACUCAACCUAGUUUAGGUGGCUUAGAAAGCGGAAGGAAAACCAACUCGAUUGAGUCUCCCUUGAAAGGGGGUUUUUCCUUUCUAAACUAGGCUAAGGUGGCAAAUUAGAUUACUAGCACCUAAAUGCACAAACUUGGGGGGUGCUAAGCAGAAUUAUGCACAAUCCCUAGGAUGCUAAGCACAAAACAUGCACAACCCCUAAGUUGCUAAGAACAAGCAUGAAUAAUCAUGGUGAAUAAUGCCUCAAACAUUGAAUUGAACAAUACCCAAUCACAAUCAUCCAAACCACAUACAAGAAAACUACAUGGUAGAGUUAGAGUUUCACUACACCCAAGUGAAAGAAGUUCUACUCCAUGGUCGAAGUAGGAAGAACAAAAGGGAAAAUUGUGGAAACCAUCUUUGGUGAUGCCUCCUCUCUUCUUGACCCUUGAGUUGAAGCUUUCCUUGGGGAAAUCUUCCCACAAAUCUGCCUCGAAGCCAAAUCCUAACCUUCUUCUUCCCUUUGGUUCUAUUUCUCUCACUAGAAUGCUGAAGAAGGUAUUUCUCACAAAAGUGGGCUCUCUCUCUCUCUCCUUCUUUCAGCUCAGCUUUUAAACCCGAGAAGAGCUGAGUUCACGGCCGUGAACCAUCAAACGCGUCCGUGAACUCAAGGCGUGCGCCAAAACGCUCUGCAUCGCUCACGUCCGUUCACGGUCUUAGUGACCGUUAACUCACCUUGCGUCAGUAACCUUCACAUUGGCUCUGGACCCCUCGCAAUUCACAGUCAAGUCCCCUUCUUCACGGUCUUGCCUGACCGUGAACUCCUUCAGUUAACCGUGAACUGGCGCUUUUUCACCCCUUCUCCCGGUUUUUUGUCCUUUUCGCCAAUCUUUCGAAUCCGAGGCUGGUUUCACCUGUUAAAUCCUGAAAUACACUCAAAUACGAAGAACCUAGUGUAAAACCGACCUUUAAGGAGCGAAUUUGGCACAAACAUCUAAGUAAAACGGGGGCAAAACGUGUGCAAUUAGACCCGAAUCAAAAAUGCAAGUUUUAUUUUUGAAAAGUAAGGAAAUGUAAACCGGCUGUUGGGGUACCUCCCAACUAGUUCGUAUUUUUUGUCUUAUCGCCAGACGAUUAUCUUCAAGUAUUCGAUCCAACUUAGAAACUUCUUGAAGUUGAGGUUCUUGUCGGUAAGGUGGUGUCUCAAGUCACGAACUUUGGAUGAUUCCAAGCUUGAGGGCUCGUGAACUUGAGUGGUCUUGAGGCUCCACCCACGAGACCUCUCAUUCUUUCCUUCAUCCUUCUUCUCUUUGCCCCCACACAGUGUAGUGCAACAUCGAUUGACUUCCAUCGCAUCCAUCAUGAGGGAUCGCCGAUAGUUUGGCUUUGGCUUGGUAAAGAGCCGCAAAUGGGUCCUUCUCCAAAAGUGUAUCAAGGUCGGGUGGAAAUCUUUGAUAGCACUCGUAACUUGUUGAAGCUUCAUCCAACACGAUCUUGUCCUCAUCAUGGAAACCAUUUGCUUCUUCAACCUCUCCUCUCUUUUCUUCAAUUCGUUCCGCCACUUGGGAACGUUCAAGAUCUUCCUCUUCUUUGAUGCUCACUUCCUCUUCCACAACCUCCCUUCUCUCCUACUCGACAUCCUUUCCUUUUUAUUCAAAUGGUAGGAGAUGAUUGUGAGCGAGUCGUGCACAUGCUUGCUCAACAAUCUCUUCUAGUCUCUCUGUUUUUUGGAGGAACUCCUCCGUUGACCGUUGAAAAGAUGAGUCGAUAGGGGUGGUGGUUGAGGAUUCCACAUUAGACCACGCUUUGGUAUCCCGAUUAAACCGCUCCACAUGAGCUCCAAUUGGCUCAUCGAUCAUUAUGGAGUGUAGCAAGAUUGUCCCAUACUUGAGGAUUCUCCAUCGGAUCCCCGGGUAAACCGUUCCACCAAGAGUUCCAAUUUGCUUCUUGGCUCCGGUGGUGGAAGGAAAUCUUCUCGGAAUGAGGAAGCCUCUUCAUCCCCAUUGGUAUGGUUAUUCUUCUUGAAAAGGGGGUUGGUAAAAGAAUUGGAACCCUUGACUUCCACUAUCUUGAUUGUUCCAUGAAGUUUCGGGGUAACCAUCUUCGGGUAUUGACCCCCACACUUUGGUGAAGCAUAAAGUUCCAUGAUUCAAAAACUUCUACACAAACAAAAACACUAAAAAGAAAAUUAAACACAUACAACCACCCUUCGGGGAGAAGAGUGGGUGAAAAACAAAGCACGAAAAGAAACAAACGCGAAAAUAACAAAAACACAUAAAAACGCAAACAAGAACGCAAAAUAACACAAGCUUUACAUUCCAUUGUUUCAUGGGAAAAUGAAUCCAGAAGCCUAUCUUGAUUGGAAGGAGAGAUGGAAGUCUUCUUUAGAAAUUAUUAUUAUUUAGAUUUGAAAAUGGUACAACUCGCUUCAUUCACAGGUUAUGUUGUUGUAUGGUGGGAUCAACUUUGUGCAUCGUGGAGACGAGAUAUCAAUGUGCAAAUAGAGCAUUGGGCAAUAAUGAAGCGGGUCAUGAGAAGGAUAUUUGUACAUGAUGAUAGACACCCUCAAACUACUCUGCAAAGUCGACACCAAAGUUUCAAGAUUUCCGAAGAUUACUGUAGGAGAUCUUUUCCUUCACGAGAGAUCUAGUCAAACAAGCAAACUACUUAUCAUAAGAAGGAAGAUCCCACAAUUAAAUCACUACCAAUCAAAUCAAUACACUCCUCCUCCAAUCAGAAAGAUUACAAACCCUCCACAUAUUCUGCAAUUAAAAGCCCUACUAUUUCUUCUAAAUCCUCCGCCACUACACUACCCUCCGCUAGAUAGCAUUUCAACAUUGAACUCUGUCUCCGAUGAUGUUGCGGAGUGCAACAGAUUCGGCUUCCACCGUCGCCAGAGGAAAUGACAGAUCUAGGUUACCGGUCAAUAAAUCUGGACCGGGUUCUUGCUGCUCUUCAUCUUCCGAUCGUCAUUGGCGGUAAUAGUGAGACGGUGGCCGACUUCCAAAAUGGUGAAUCACACAACGACCCUCAUCUCACAAGUUGUGGCUGUCGCUGCCGCCUACCUCCUCCAUUGUCGUCGACGCCCUGGGACAAUGUCGCCGCUAGAGAAGAAAGUGAGUCUUCAGAUCUAACCCUUCCUCAAUCGACUCCAUUGUCAUCGACGCCCUCGAUGCCUGCCCCGUCCAUCGUCAUGGACGACCUAUGACCAUGCCGUCGUUGGAGGAGAAAGGGAGAAUAUAAUUGGGAACUUGGGAGGGUUUUUGAAAGGGGAGUGGGGAGGAGACGGUUCCAGAGGUAGGCGGCCAAAUAUGCAAAUAUAUAUUAGGGUUUGUGAGAUGCAAAAUAAAUUUAGACAUAGUUAACCUUUAUAAAAUUAUAACCCUUGGAUUAAAAUUACAUCUAACGGUAGGAAACUAAGUUAUCACAGUGUUAACCCCUUAGGGGGUUAUCACCUAAUGUCAUUCCUCAUUAAUCAAAUUAUUCCUCUUUUUGUUUCUUUACUUUGAUUUUGACAAGAUUUCUGUCACACCACAUACCUAGUUUUUUCUGAAAUUCCUAAAAUGCCCCUCUUAUUGAUUAAACCUAAACUAAUAUUCCGGAUAAGAUUACCCUUGGCUAAGUUCAAGCGGCAGCAAUGGACCAAGCCUAAUUGGUAACAAUUUCGAGCCCAACCUUUUCUUUCCCAAGCUCUGAUCGAUCUAUAACUUAACCAACUCAUGUCCUACCUCGUAGUAUCCACAGCAAGGUUGCGGAGGACGAAAGCAAAUAUGGGAUUCCACGUCUGCAACCCUCUCCCAGCCCUAGACACGCAUUAGAGAGGUAAGGGAAUUAUCCCGGUCCAUUUAAUUAUAGAAUCAUUUGCUAUUGAGGAAUGUGGGGGCUCGCAGUAGGUUACUAAUUGAAGGAAUAGGCUACAUGUGGGCGAUGCAAUGGAAUUGUGGGUGAUGGAUUAUUGACCAAAAGAAGCUCGGUUACAAGUUAGAAACCAAAAGCCUCUUUACAAAUUAGUAACUAAGUUUAGUUACUUUACGUGGAAUGCAUGGUAGUUUAAUUAAUAUAAAGGGGUUGGAUUGAUGGAAUCAAACAUGGAUUAUAGUAAAGCAAGCAAAUGGGUUAAUAAUUAUAUGUGAGGUGGACGUAUUCUAUCUGUAGGGGAAAAGAAAAGGAAGAUGGUGUAUGGACAAGUACAAGGCCUAUAAGGGCGUUGGCAUCACCGGGGCAAAAUAUAAGUCGAUAAUCGAUUUGAAAUUAAAGUGCGUAGUUAAAGGGGACUAGAGUAGUUUCGUAAUUAGUGUAUGCAUUUAAGUUCAUGUUAUGCAUUUCAGUUCUUGUUUUAUGUUCAGUCAUUCCUUAUAUACUUUCAGUUCUUGUUUUAGGACUAGGACUGAACCCAACGCCCGCACUCAGGAGCUGCAAGAAAGCGGAAGCAAUCGAUCACUCGUCAGUAGGAAGCUGCUGCUCGAAAUAUCAUCUUCGCAUGGGUUAGUGAUGGCAAAAGUUUUCAAGUGAACCCUUUCACUUAUGUACUUCUAUUAGUAGGCUUGAGAUUGAUACUCAUCUAUGAUUUGGUAAGAGAGAUUUCCUAUAGCGAUUUGAAAUUAUUUAUGUUGUUCUUUCAUUUUGAGUUAUUUUGAUUAUUCAAUGACAUUUUGGUAAAAGUAGUGUUCGACCGAGCUAGGGUGUUACAAUUUAAAUGUGGAGAUUGAAAUUUUUUUCGUAGUUUUUUUUCUUCUUUCGGUGUUUCCCUGUUGGUUUGUUUUUCUUCUGAUUGCUUGGUCUUUCUUUCAUUAUUUCUUCUCAUCUAUUCCUUGAACAAUAUUUUUUUUACAUAAUCCUUCAUCUUUUAAGCGUGAAUAACUCAACAGCAAACAAAAUAAAAAUCAUAUCACACAAGUAAAAGAUAUUUAAUGAAUUGAUAAAACAACU